GAUUGAUCGAUUGAUCGAUUGAUCACACACAUCCAUGUUUCAGAUUUUGCUUUUCCCUAACUCUUCCUUGCCUUCCUUCCACAUCAGCCCUACCUACCUACCUACCUACCCACCUUCCCUCCAUCCAAAUCUGAUCAUGCGGGCACGUCAAACCUUUUGAUUUCCUCGUUUAUAUUAAAAUUUCAAUUCUAAAUCUUGAAUUCUAAGACUAUCUAUCUAGUACAUCCAUCCAUCAUCCAUCCAUCCAUACAUACAAACUAACAUCUUUAUUCUUUAUUAUAAUUAUGUCAAGAAAAGUGCACUCGCGAGCUGCGCCUUCAGUAUGACUGUAUCAUUAUCUGACUUUCUGACUUUCUGACUUCUGACUUCGGAUUUCUCAAGAGUGUUCUCUUUCCUGAUUUGUGACGAAUGAUCUAUUCUUUUUCUCUAUUUCUCCAUGUAAUCUUCCUUCUCCAUGUAUUCACAUUUCUUAUUCUCAGCGUAGAGCUUCGGAUACGCAUGCAAACAUUCAUCAGAACUUCUCUAUGAUUUCCACUGCUCAUUUCCUCACGCUCUCACCCUCGAGUAUCUUCAUGUUGAUGGGUGUUUCAUUUACCAAGAUGUUUUCUUCGCAGCACGCAUCCAGUGAAGCUUCAUUCCUAGCCUCAUGUUCUGAUACCGCUGAAAUUUCACUUCCUCAGCGAUGCUCAAUAUGUAAUGAAGACAUCGGCACUUCACACUGCGAUGGAGAAACUGAAGUCGCAUAUAUACUUCCCUGUUCGCAUGUAUUUGGGUCCACUUGUAUAUUGCGCUGGCUGGAAACCGAUUCACCUCAUCAGAAUUGUCCGCAAUGUCGACGAAAAAUGGUGUAUACAGAAUGUGGACAUUUGAUACGGCCGUGCGAAAUCAGCGGUGCGCCGAAGAGUGUGAGAGAGGCGGAUAUGCCGAAGAGGUGCUUGGGGUGCAGAGGGCUGGAGGGAGAAUUGAAGAACGAGGUGGAGAUGCUGUUGAGGCGGGCUGAGGUGGAGCAAAGGGCUUUGACUGCGAUGAAGAUGCAUUUCCCGGGGGUUUGGGGGGAGAUGUGUAGGGAAACCGUGCGGACUGUGGGGAAGAGGGUGGAAGAGUCGAAGGAAGUAUUGAGGAGGGAUAUUGAAGAGCUGUGUCGGAAAUAUGAGGAGAGUGGAAAGAGGGAGCAAUGGUGAUUGAUUUCUGCGGAGCAAGAGAGAGAGAUAUGCGAUAGAUAUCAUGGAUGUCAUGGAUGCUAUAUACCCCGGAUCGGUCUUCUGUUUUCACGUCA